AUGGAUUGCUUCAAUAAAAGCGGAGUUCAGGAUUCUUCUCUUCAGCUCCUUAACCUAGCAGUCUCCAUCCCACUCCUUGUUUUGGGUCUUUUCUGCAAUAGUAUUGCUCUGUGGGUUUUUUGCUGCAAACUGAAGAAAUUGACUGAAACUACAGUGUUCAUGGUGAAUUUAGUUAUAUCAGAUAUCAUGAUUUUGUUGACCUUUCCUUUUAGAAUAUAUGCUUUUUCAGACACGUGGAAUCUUGGCAGUGAGACGUGCAAAACACUCCUACUCAUGUAUUUUAUAAACACUUAUAUGAGUAUUUUCUCCAUCACUGCAAUAGCUGUGGAUCGUUACAUUGCAAUCAAGCACCCCCUGAAAUUCCGAACUUGGAGGUCCCCAGCGAAAGCUGCUUACACAUGCUGUGCCCUAUGGUUUCUUUUCAUUGCUACUGGUGUUUUCCGUAUUUUGCAGAGCCGAGAUUUUACACUCACCACUUGCUUCCAAAAAGUCACCACUGAACCCUUUAACAUGGCUCUUGUCUUUGUCCUGGUUGGUUUUACUGUUCCGUUGAUCAUUAUCAGCUACUGCUCCGGAGAAGUUCUAAUGCUUCUCCGCAAGAAAAACGCAUCUGAUACUUUUGAGAAGAAAGCAGUGAGGAAGGCCUUCAAUAUAAUUAUGGCCAACUUGGUAGUGUUUGUUGUCUGCUUCUUACCCGUCCAUGUGGGUUACACUGUGCGCUUUAUUACCGAAUCUCUCAAUGCCACUUGUCACACAUGGGAGAAAGUUAAUUUUUACACACAUGUGGCAACUUUGGUGGCAAAUUCCAACUGUGUCCUAGACAGUGUGUGUUAUUUUUUUGCAGCACAUGAAUUCUGGAAAGCUACCAUCCUUUAAUAAGCCUACACAUUACUAUCUGCUUGCCGACAAUUUACUAAUAAAAGUAUUGUAUAAAUAGAUCUUGUAGCAAACCAAUCUCAUAUAAAUAAAUAAAAUCGUUAUUCACCAUAAUUUAGCAUUUUAUAAAUACAUUGAUUCUUCAGUCAAUUUCCAUGACUCAAAUUGCCCUUAACCAUCUUAUCACA